AUGGGUACUGUGGAUCCGUACCUUCAGAGGGCGAAAGCCCCUCGUGCUAUGGAGAAGCGGAGAGGACUCGAUCUUCUCCAAAUCUCCGAGCUAGAGAAGCGACAACGAGGAAACAAAUUUGAGAUGGCGGCACUGCAGAAGCUUCCGACCAUGAACAGGGCGGGAAUAAGAAUUCUAAAUGUUGAGGAUAGGGAGCUGAAGGAGAUCGACAUCAAAAACCUUAGCUCGGGGUCGAGAGAGACAGCUUCGCAUUCACGAAGUGAAAAAUUCGUUGGCUUUAUGUAUAACCCAAAAAUAGGCCCUUGCCGAGCAGAAGGAUCUGCCACUAGAGACAAACCAACAGACAUGCAACCAUCGGGUCGGCCACUUUGGUCGGCUACUCUCAUCCUUAUUACACGCGGACCACAGGUAUGCCCCGCGAUCCGCGUUUGGCCUCCAAGCUUUUACGGAGCUACCCUCGCAAACAGUCCUGCAUUCCUAAACUUUCUUCGAACUCUUGGCAUCGAUCCUGCCUCCGAAGUCCCUUCGCAGGAAAAGAUUUCUGAGGCUAUUAAAAAUUUGAGACAUCUUCCAUAUGAAUCUUACUACUUUCAGUCGGCUAAUGGAAUUCCUCUUGCUAUUGAGACAGCAAAUGAAGGCUUGGAGAAAGCAGGUUUCUCUGCUAGUAAAUCUAUUCUUGUAUUAGGCGGUGCAGGUGGAGUGGAUCCUUGGAAGAUGAGUUCCAGAUAUUCAGGGAAGUCCGAGAAAGUGAUGUGUCGGUGCAGGCUACUGACCUUGCUACUCACGUCACGCCAGGCACAUAACUUCGGGAGGCAAUUUUACAGGUACCCGCGGUGGGCACAACGACAGGAGGACUGCAUUUUUUUCAAGUGGGCGGACAAGGAGUCUGUUUCUAUGAUAUCCCAACUGGAGAUCGCUACUCAGAGUUCGUCGAUCUCAAAAUUUCAAAACACUGCAUCUGGUUCGAGUGAUUCCUUUUCUACUGCAUCCCAGUCAGACAGGUUCGCUCAGGGUUUUGGAGUGUUAGAGCCGGGCAGCAUGAGCCAAUCCCAAACGAUAACGGAAAACUCCUCCUCCGGCGCACAGUCGACGAAAGCCCUAAAACCCAAGCUUCCCAUCAAGGUCCGGCUCUCUAUCAACCUUCUUUCCACCAUCACCGACGCCUCCCGCCGCUCAAAUGGUACCGUAAAUCGCCGACUACUUUCCCUCAUAGAUUUCCGCGCCGCCCCUAGCCUUACCCCAGUCCGCGGCAUUCGAACCCUAGACCUCAUCAUCGAUCCCUCCCGCAACCUCUGGAUCCGCCUAUUCCUCCCCUCCGAUGCCAUCGGCCACCGGAAACUUCCUAUUGUAGUCUUCUUCCACGGGGGCGGAUUCGCUUUCCUAAGUCCUGACAACCAAGUCUACGACGUCGUCUGUCGUCGACUAGCCCGCAAGAUCCCCGCCGUCAUUGUCUCUGUCAACUACCGCCUCUCCCCUGAAAAUCGCUUCCCCGCGCCUUACGAAGACGGAAUCGACGCUCUCCGAUUCAUUGAUUCAGGUGGAAUUGACGCCGUCGCCGGCCAUAUUGCUGAUCCAUCAUUUUGCUUCCUGGCCGGCGACAGUGCCGGGGCUAACAUCUCUCACCACGUCGCCCGCCGGUGGGCAGGCAGCGGUGGGUGGAACAAAGUGAAGUUGUCGGGGCUGAUUUUGAUCCAGCCAUUUUUCGGGGGAGAGGAGCGGACGAAGUCGGAGAUUAAGCUCGCUGGGGCGCCGCUGGUGUCGAUGACGAGGACUGAUUGGCGAUGGAGGGCGUUUUUGCCGGUGGGUGCUGAUCGGAACCAUGAGGCGGCUAAUGUUUUUGGGCCAAAUGACUUGGGAGUGAUGGAGGAGGGAUUUCCGCCGGCAAUUCUGGUUGUUGGUGGUUUUGAUCCGCUGCAAGAUUGGCAGCGGCGGUACGGAGAGGAACUGAGGGCGAGGGGGAAGGAGGUGAGGGUGUUGGAGUUCCCGGAAUCGAUUCAUGCUUUCUAUAUCUUUCCGGGGAUGGCUGAUGGCGCGAAGCUGGUUGAGGAGAUGGGAAAGUUCAUAUGGAGCCGGAGUUCGCCGGAGAAAGAGGAAGAUGAGUUCUAGAUAUUCAGGGAAGUCCGAGAAAGUGAUAUAUCGGUGCGGGCUACCGACCUUGCUACUCACGUCACACCAGGCACAUAGCUCCGGGAGGCAAUUUUACAGGUGCCCACGGUGGGCACAACGACAGGAGUUCUGCACUUUUUUCAGGUGGGCCGACAGAGAGUUUGUUUCUAUUAUAUCCCAACUAGAGACUACUACUCAGAGUUCGUCAAUCUCAAAAUUUCAAAACACUGCAUCUGAUUUGAGUGUUUUUUUUUUCUAUUGCAUCCCAGUCAGACAGAUUCACUCAUGGUUCUAGAGUGUCAGAGCCGGGCAGCAUGGGCCGUAAUAUGUUGCUACAUUUUAAAGUCAACAUUAUAAUUUUUUUCCUUGUCAUUUUGACAUGUUAUUUU